UGCUGUGCACCCAAGGAGGGCCGGGGAGCCUCUGCAGAAGAGGGCAAAGAACAGAAGGAGACCAACAUCGAAUCCAUGAAAAUGGAGGGCUCCCGGGGCCGGCUGCGGGGUGGCUUGGGCUGGGAGUCCAGCCUCCGCCAGCGGCCCAUGCCGCGGCUCACCUUCCAGGCUGGGGACCCCUACUACAUCAGCAAGCGCAAGCGGGACGAGUGGCUGGCACGCUGGAAAAGGGAGGGCUCCUGGAGCAGGUUUUGAGAAGGAAUGGGCGUGUGGAUCGUAGCCUCAAAGACGAGUGUGAUACGGCUGAGAAGAAAGCCAAGGUCAUUGCAGUAAUGAAUGCUGUGGAAGAGAACCAGGGCUCCGGGGAGGCUCAGAAGGUGGAGGAGGCCAGCCCUCCUGCUGUGCAGCAGCCCACUGACCCAGCAUCUCCCACUGUGGCCACCACACCCGAGCCCGUGGGGGCUGACGCUGGGGACAAGAAUGCCACCAAAUCAGCCGAUGAUGAGCCAGAGUAUGAGGACGGCCGGGGCUUUGGCAUUGGGGAGCUGGUGUGGGGGAAACUGCGGGGCUUCUCCUGGUGGCCAGGCCGCAUUGUGUCUUGGUGGAUGACGGGCCGGAGCCGUGCAGCUGAAGGCACCCGCUGGGUCAUGUGGUUCGGAGACGGCAAGUUCUCAGUGGUGUGUGUAGAGAAGCUGAUGCCGCUGAGCUCGUUCUGCAGCGCCUUCCACCAGGCCACCUACAACAAGCAGCCCAUGUAUCGCAAAGCCAUCUACGAAGUCCUCCAGGUGGCCAGUAGCCGUGCCGGGAAGCUGUUCCCAGCCUGCCAUGACAGUGACGAGAGUGACACUGCCAAGGCUGUGGAGGUGCAGAACAAGCAGAUGAUUGAAUGGGCCCUCGGGGGGUUCCAGCCCUCUGGCCCAAAGGGCCUAGAGCCACCAGAAGAGGAGAAAAAUCCCUACAAGGAAGUUUACACAGACAUGUGGGUUGAACCCGAGGCAGCUGCCUAUGCACCACCCCCACCAGCCAAAAAGCCGCGAAAGAGCACAACUGAGAAGCCCAAGGUCAAGGAGAUUAUUGAUGAACGCACAAGAGAGCGGCUGGUGUAUGAGGUGCGGCAGAAAUGCCGGAACAUUGAGGAUAUUUGCAUCUCUUGUGGGAGCCUCAAUGUCACCCUGGAGCAUCCUCUGUUCAUUGGUGGAAUGUGCCAGAACUGCAAGAACUGCUUCCUGGAGUGUGCGUACCAGUAUGAUGAUGACGGUUAUCAGUCCUAUUGCACCAUCUGCUGUGGGGGCCGUGAGGUGCUCAUGUGUGGGAACAACAACUGCUGUAGGUGUUUUUGUGUGGAGUGCGUGGAUCUCUUGGUGGGGCCGGGGGCUGCCCAAGCAGCCAUUAAGGAAGACCCCUGGAACUGCUACAUGUGCGGGCACAAGGGCACUUAUGGGCUGCUGCGGCGGCGAGACGACUGGCCCUCACGGCUUCAGAUGUUCUUCGCCAAUAACCACGACCAGGAAUUUGAUCCUCCGAAGGUUUACCCACCUGUCCCAGCCGAGAAAAGGAAGCCCAUCCGGGUGCUGUCUCUCUUUGAUGGAAUUGCUACAGGGCUCCUGGUGCUGAAGGACUUGGGCAUCCAGGUGGACCGCUACAUAGCUUCGGAGGUGUGUGAGGACUCCAUCACAGUGGGCAUGGUGCGACAUCAGGGGAAGAUCAUGUACGUCGGGGACGUCCGCAGUGUCACACAGAAGCAUAUCCAGGAGUGGGGCCCAUUCGAUCUGGUGAUUGGGGGCAGUCCCUGCAAUGAUCUCUCAAUCGUCAACCCUGCCCGCAAGGGACUCUACGAGGGCACUGGCCGGCUCUUCUUUGAGUUCUACCGCCUCCUGCAUGAUGCGCGGCCCAAGGAGGGAGAUGACCGCCCCUUCUUCUGGCUCUUUGAGAAUGUGGUGGCCAUGGGCGUUAGUGACAAGAGGGACAUCUCGCGAUUUCUCGAGUCCAACCCUGUGAUGAUUGAUGCCAAAGAAGUGUCAGCCGCACAUAGGGCCCGCUACUUCUGGGGUAACCUUCCCGGUAUGAACAGGCCAUUGGCAUCCACUGUGAAUGAUAAGCUGGAGCUGCAGGAGUGUCUGGAACAUGGCAGAAUAGCCAAGUUCAGCAAAGUGAGGACCAUUACUACUAGGUCAAACUCCAUAAAACAGGGCAAAGACCAGCAUUUCCCCGUCUUCAUGAAUGAGAAAGAGGACAUCCUAUGGUGCACUGAAAUGGAAAGGGUUUUUGGCUUCCCUGUCCACUAUACUGACGUCUCCAACAUGAGCCGCUUGGCGAGGCAGAGACUGCUGGGCCGGUCGUGGAGCGUGCCAGUCAUCCGCCACCUCUUCGCUCCACUGAAGGAAUAUUUUGCUUGUGUGUAAGGGACAUGGGGGCAAACUGAGGUAGUGACACAAAGUUAAACAAACAAACAAAAAAAACACAAAACACAAUAAAACACCAAGAACGUGAGGAUGGAGAGAAGUAUCAGCACCCAGAAGAGAAAAAGGAAUUUAAAACAAACCACAGAGGCGGAAAUACCGGAGGGCUUUGCCUUGCGAAAAGGGUUGGACAUCAUCUCCUGAUUUUUCAAUGUUAAUCUUCAGUCCUAUUUAAAAAAAGAAAACACAAAAACCAACCAAGUCCCCUCCCCUCCCCCUUCUUUUUUUUUUUUUUUUUUUGUAAAACCUUUUGUUUUCUACUCUUUCCAGAGGGGUUUUGUUUGUUUGGGUUUUUGUUUCUUGCUGUGACUGAAACAAGAGGGUUAUUACAGCAAAAAUCAGUGACAAAAAAAAUAGUAACAAUACCUUGCAGAGGAAAGGUGGAAGAGAGGGGAAAAAGGAAAUAGAAAUCUAUAUAUUGGGUAUAUAUAUAUUUUUUAAAUCUUUUUCUUUUUGUUGUCUCUAGCCUGGUCAGAUAGGAGCACAAGCGGGGACAGAAAAGAGACACUCAGGUGGCAGAAUUCUCUCCCAGCCCCUGAGCUGUCUUACCAGCACCAUUCCUGGUCAUGCAGACAGAACCCAGCUAGCAGCAGGGAGACCGAACACCACAUAAGAUACUUUUCUACAGUAUUUCAGGUGCCUACACACAGGAAACCUUGAAGAAUACCAGUUUCUAGAAGCCGCUGUUACCUCUUGUUUACAGUUUAUAUAUAUAUGAUAGAUAUGAGAUAUAUAUAUAAAAGGUACUGUUAACUACUGUACAACCUGACUUCAUAAUGGUGCUUUAAAACAGCGAGAUGAGUAAAAACAUCAGCUUCCACCUGGCCUUAUGUGCAAAGGGUUUUAAACAAGGAUGGAGAAAGGGAUUCAGCUCGAAGAUGGCGCUUUGUCUGGUGGGGUUUCCCCUUGAUUUUAACAAGAUGAAGGAGGAGAACUGGUGUGUCGUUCUCCCACUUCUCCCUGCCAAAAUGGGGGUCAGCUUAGGUGGUUGGGAUCCUGGGGGGCUGAGCAUGGAGUCCAUCCAGACUCAGGCAAUAACUUGAAUUUUUUCUAAAAAGAGACUCCCUUAGCAAGAUGGCAGGGUAAGGAGUCUUCCUUCCUGAUUGCUCAUGUUAGUGGAGUUGAGGGCUCCUUGUGGGAUCAGAAAUAGUCCAGAGUGUGGGAAAUUGACAGUUAAAAACCCCACCUGGAGCAAAUAAAAAAACAUACAAAACGUACUGGUGCUUUCCUGUCUAAGUCGCCUUUUGUGUGUUCUUUUAUGAGGCCCUCACCAUCCUCCCCUCUGUGCACAAGGCGGCUCUGGGCCCCUGGAAUGUGAUGUUUUUGGUCAUCUCCAAAGGCUGCAGUUUUAUACUGGGAGGCUGAUGACACCUUUUAUUAUAAUUAUUCUUAUGGUUCUGGUUAUAAUUAUGUUGUUUUAAGAUUUUCUUUAAGAAAACAAAACCCAACACCCUUUAGGUUUCAAACCAAGGUGCGGGAGCAGGGUGCUUCUAAGUUAGCGGUGGCUCUGGUGCCCUGGCUCCCUUCCCCCUGGGCCAGGUGGGCCACUGGGCAGUGCGGUGACAAGCUGGACGGCCAGGGAGUCCCCCAGGCCUGCCCUCCGGGCUGGUCGCUCUUGCUCUUCUCUUCUACUUCCCCUCCUCUGAGUCAGGUGUGUCAGGGCCGGGGGAGGCCUGCGGUCUCUCUCCUGUGUGUGUGCUUGGAGUGGUGUGCGUUUCUUUUCUAGUGUUUGGUCUGAUGAUAGCUGUGCUCUUGCCUCAAGUCAGCAGCGCCUGGGGCCCCACGUGCUCGCACUUUGUUCUGCUUCCUAGGGGCAGCUGGCCUGGCCUGGCCUGGCGUUGGCGGUGGGAAGGGAUGGCGUUGCUGGCUCCAGGGUGAGGGCCCAACGGGCAGAGCUUGCCUGGAUGGAUGGGGUGUAGAUAUGUGGCAUAUAGAGAUAUAUAUUUUAUAAUGGGAGGGGGGGCGGCACCUCCUGGGACCGGCAGAGCUGGGAGGUGUGCCGUCAAGCACAUGGUCCCAAGUCCGCAUCCCUAGAAAAGAUGGGGCCUAUGGUGAUAGGCGCUAUAUAAAUACAUAGAUAGGGUCAUGUAUAAGAAAUAUUAUGUAGUGGGGAGUGGGGGGAAACGGGCUCGGUGUGCUGAGCCCGGGUCCCUACUGCAGGCAUAAACCCCACACCAAUCAGUCUCACAUGCACAGGAACCUACUUCUAUUUGGAUGCAUAGCGAGUCACUCACCAGGGAGCUCCCAUUACUUCUCCCCAGGAUUCAGGACUUUGUGGAGUCAGCCCGAGCAGCUCUUUACCUCUGUUGCCCUGAUUGCAGGUAGACUGUCGAUCCCAGAAGUUGCUAGGUGCUGAAGGUAGGAAGAGGAGGUGGUUUGAUCCGGAGAAGGUGCUUCCUCUAGCAGGUCGUGUUCUAUCCAUUUUGCCCCUGGUGAUGUCAAAGAUUCUUCUGUUAGCAACCUGUGAUACUGACCUGCAACUCUAGGCACCAGUCAAGUCAGCCCUCUACUCCCCCUACCUAUUCUCCCCAAACAAAAUCAAAUUGACAUCCCUGUCUGUCUUGGCCACAGGGCUUCCAUUGGGAAAAAAGUAAUAAUGAUGGGACAGUGAACUUCGCCUUUUCAAUAAAGCAAAUUAGUAAUUAGUGACAAAACUACACCAAGGCUUUGAACCCCUUGCUCAUUGCUCAGGAGUAAAGCUCACAGCUGUGGCCACUCGCUCCUUGUUGGGGCAGGUAGUCCUGGCCCCAGUCUACUCAGUUCCUUGGUAGAUGGAUUUCAUAAGAUCACACCCAGUUGCUCCCUGCCACUUCCCUGACAUGGCAGGUGGUGACUGGAGCAGCUAGGAGAGGGGGAGGCCUGCCCCUGCCCCAGCAGAGUCCCUCCUUGCUUCUGCAGGGCUCCCUCCUGACCUGGAGUCUACCAGCACUGCUCCAGAGGGCUGAGGGGAGGAGGGCUGCCUCAAGCAGUCCAAGGUGCUCCCUCCCCUGCUGGCCAACACCAAGGUCUUCCCAGAUCUGCAUCAGGACAGUCUCGGAGGGCUUUCCCCUUCCAACACUGCUGGCUCUCCUGAGCCUCUGUCCACUGCUUAUGUGAAGGAGUCAGCCUUUCCCAGUGGCCCCAGCUCCACCCUAGCUGGGGCUGGUGCUCCCCCAAAGGUUGGCAUGGGGACUCAGGAAGAACCUGUGAAUGUGGCAAGAGCCAGGGGCCAGCACAUGCUGGCCAGCUUGUUCUGAGAGAGUGCUGGGCACAUUGGCCUGUGGCUGACUACUUAGCACCUGUUUCUCCCACUCUAGUAACCUGCCAAGGCCCCCAAAAUGGACAUGGUGCCCCCAUACAGGGACAGGAGUUAAUCACCAGCUUUUCUUCCAGCUCUUCCUGUGGGCUUGGUCUUACAGUAGAAUUUGGUAGGGUGAAGGGAACUUGGGGAAUGUGCCAACUUGGUCCAAGUGGUGUUCCCUUCAUCCACCUCCAUCCCUGUGGGGGACUUCUGAGGACAGGUAUUUGGUACCUUCCAAAGGGGCCUCAGCCGAGUGGGCCAUGGGAGGGUUAGGGGUGGGGAGUGUUGAGCUUGCUGUAGAAGAAGCCAAGGGCGGGGGCAGUGGAUCUGGAGAAACCAGAAGGGCCUGGGGAUAAUCCCCAAGGGUGUUCCCUAUGGGAUUUCCUUUCCAAAGAGCAGGCCCAUCUUCUUGAAACCAGGGUGCUAGGAGCCCAGGUGACAGCCUCCCUCCUGAGGGUGCCAAGUGGAGCAUGGUGCCAAAGAGAUCCAUGGCCCUUGCGUGGGGGAGGCAGCUGGGUGCUAGUGCCAGGGUCACAAGCCUUGGCCUCCCGCCUAAGGAGGCACUCAAUCCCAGCAGAUGGCUGCGAGCCUAAGGGCCUCAGGCUGGCUGGUGCUAACCCCUUUCCUGUGGGACCGACUGGAACAGUGGGCUAGUGGGGAGCCCGCAGGUGAGGAUCAGAGGGCUCUUGAAGUCUGCUCUCUGGCCUCAGAGCUUCCUUGCUGUUUGACAUCCUAUCAGAAAAAAACUUCCCCAAAAAACAUCCAGGACCUCUUAGCCUUUGAAAGGCCUGGGCAUGGUUGGCAGGUGGAGAUGAAGGUUUUGGUGAGUGGCUGGGGUGUGGUCGGGAAAGGCAGACCCCAGCAGGAAGGCAGGCUGAUGCUGAAAGUCUCUAACUAGUCAGCUGGCUCCCCUCACCUGCUUGCUGGCCCCAGGCCACAGCUGCUCUGGGGGAGCCUCUGAGUGUUGCCAUCUCUAGCACAGGGAAGUCCAUAGGAGGAGCAAGGGAGUGUGGUUCAGCUGAGCCUGCUUGGAGACGUGCUAACAGGAAAACUGCAAUCAUUAGUGUUCAUAUUUUUUAUGAUGUAAGUCUAUAUCAGUAGGUCUUGAAUUCCUCUUGCUGUUCUGCGUGGCGCAGAGUUGCUGUGACUAGUGUCUUUGGAGCUGUCAUUUCAUAGGAGCCCUGUGAGCUGUAGGCUGGGCCUGUGGGGCUUGCCUGGCGCCUCUCGUGAGGAGGCUGCUGCUGCUGCUUGCUCUGGUCAGGGGAACCCGAGAGAUGUGAUUCUGGAGACUGUUUCCAGGCAGGGCCACAGCUUGAUCCUGGGAAGGUAACAAUCUGCAUUCAUCUUUUUCUAGUCUGCGUGCUCCCAGUGCUUGUGACUAGAAUAUGAUACCGAGUUGUCCCUCUUGGCAGGGAGCCGCUGUGCCUCCCACUCCCCCCAGCACGGGGAAGGGGUUACCGAGGGAUGGCUGGAGUUGGAGUGGCCCUCUGGGGUUAACUACAGGUGGCCAGGCCUUGUGCUGGGGUCAGGAGGACUGGAGAGGAAAGGACAUAGAUGAACCCUAUUGUUCUAGUGUAAGCUCUUGGAUCUUUACGUUUUGGUAAAGAAGGGCUGGGGUCUUUGAGAAGUGAGGAUCUCGCACCUUUGGGUUUCAGAGACCCGGCUAAGGUGGGCCUUUGGUUGGGGACCUGUCUCCAACUCUAGGCAGUGGAGUUUGGGCAGUGCGAGAAGCAAGCAGGUCAGAGUAGGGAGGGGAAGGAGGGAGGCCUUGCUGGGGGGACUCCCCCCUAACUUCCCAGAGGCCCCCUGGGCGUCUGCAACUCCAGCAACUGGAAAGCUCCAGGGAUCUGCUCCCUUGAGGGCGCAGAGGGGGACUCCCCAGACACCCGGCUCCAGCCUGUGCCUGAGGACGUGAGCAGCGGUCUAAAGCGUCACUGUAGUCCCAUUCACUAACAGACCGAUUUGGUUGCACAGCCCUAGAAUCCAACAGACGACAAAAAUGCCGAAAUUCCUUAGAAUACGCAGAGGGAGGAGGUGACUCAACAAGGUGCUAAAACAUUUUAUUAAAAAUAUAUAUUGUUAAAUUAAGUCUGCUGUCUGGACAAUGACUGUUUGUUUUGUUUUCUUGUAGUGGAGUUUAAAAGAGACUAUUAUUUUACUCUGAUAUAUUAUUAUUAAAAAGGCAUUUUAACUUUGUACUUGAAAACUAAGUGAGCGAUUUCACGUGUUUUAGCUGAGGCAUUGAAGUAGCGGGUGCUUACUUAUUUGUGGGAAAUCAUGUAUUCAUACUGAAGAAUAAACUCCGUAGCUGAUUUGGUAAUAACUUUUACUGUUACAGACGAUUGCGCUUUGACCCCGGUGGCAGAGCACUUCUACUCCACAUUCCACGCAGCUAAAUGCAGGACUUUCCAGAUUCUUCCCUCCCUGGCCCUCCUUCCUUUCUCUUAAGUUCCUCUCUUUUCCUUUGUUUUGUUUUUGUUUUUCCUGGUUCCAGCAUCCUUUUCACCACUGUAUUUUUUUUAGGGUUGCUUCUCUAUUUAUUGACAAUAAUAAUGUACAUUUCACAGUCUGGUUCUGGGACAGCUGGGAGGGGCGCGGGGGGGUUCCGCAGGGCCCCGCCGCCCGCCCGGCGUUCUGUUGUAUCUCUGUGUACGUGAUUGCUCGUGACAUAGCUGUUUAUGAAAUAAUUAAAGAGGUCAAUGCGUACAGCAGAUGUAGAAAGUCUGUCAGUUCCGCCUUCAUCACAUUUUUUUUGUGCCCAGAAGAAUAUAAUAAAGCUCCUUUCUAAUGUA